AAGUCUUGUAUCAGCUCUUCCACCUGUGAACAUGGCCAGUGAUUUACUGCAGGUCAACUGUGAUAUAUGCAAUGAUGUUGCACACGAACCUUACAUAGAGUGCUGUGAAUGCGACAUGAAUUUGUGUUGUACGUGUUUUUCGUCAGGCAAAGAGAAAGAUUUGCAUAAAAACGAUCACAACUACGCGAUAAGAAGAAACGAUUUCCCACUCUUCGAUAAUUGUAAUUGGUCAGCAAAAGAAGAAUGCAAGCUGCUGUCUUCCCUCUCUACAUAUGGUUACGGCAAUUGGGAGGAAAUUUCCAAAAGCGUUCACACAAGAACAAAACUUGAAUGUCAGGAACAUUAUAAGAAGUAUUAUGUAGAAAAAGUGCAAUAUGAAGAGCUUAAAUUAUUGCCGGAAACUGACCAAUCACUAUUUUCUAAGCCUCUGACACCUUAUUUAUAUAAUACAGUGUUAAGUACUAAUCCACCAAGAAAUAACCAAACUGAUCAACUUUUAGCUGGUUAUAAUGCCUACAGAUCAGAAUUUGAACUGAGUUAUGACCACAAUGCAGAAAACAUGUUUAAUUUUGAGGAUAGUUAUUCUGAUGAAGAAGAUGAAUGUAUGGAGGCCUUAAAAGUAAGUUUGGUUAGUGCUCUAAACACAAGGUUAAGAGAGAGGCAGCGUCGCUACAAAAUAAUACAAAACCAUGGUCUAAUAAUGCCAAAUAAGCUGUUAUCGUGGCUUAAAAUGUUUGACACAACAUUAUUGAGGGUGAAAUCUGAAAAGUUGUUAUCCUUUAUGCAAUUUAUGACAGGAAUGCAAUUUGACACAUUCAUGGAAUCUUUAAAUUUAGAAGAGGAAUUGUUCAGCAAGAUAAUAAGGUUAUGCGAGUAUCGUAAAAAUGGUAUCAAAACAUUGUACUCAGCAAAAUUGUUCAUGCAAUUAAAACAACAAAACGAAUUGGCAUUUAAAGAGCAGAAAUAUGCGACUGCUGUUAUGAUAAAAAAGUUUGAGAGCCAGUCACCAGUGAAAUCAAAAUUCUGGUUCGGAAAUGUACUAAAGCGAAAUAGGAAAACAUCUAUACCAUUAGAUAUAAUGGAUUUGCCAGGUUUCCACCUCCUAUCGGAGAGUGAAAAGUCCCUAUGUUCGAUGAUAAGAUUGAUGCCUCAAAAUUAUGUUGAAAUUAAAAGGUUACUUACGGCUGAGAAUAAUAAAAUUGGUUUCUUACGUCUGCUCGAUGCAAGACGAAUAAUUAAAAUUGAUGUGAACAAAACAAGGAAGAUUUAUGAUUAUCUUCUUUCGGAAGGUUUUAUUUCAAAACCGUAGAAUAAACACUAGUUAAAAUACUG